AUGCAGCAUUGCUUUCAAAUAAGUAAGAUACAAUUGUACAGUACUAUUACAAUUACAAAUUAUUAUUAUUAUUGUUUUUAUUACUACUAUUAUCGUUAUGUUGAUCAGUCAAAAAACAUCGAAUUUAUGCUUUCCUGAUAAAUCCCCAUCAAUGAAUUUAUCAACACAAUUGAAUAAUUCAAUUCUUUUUAAUUCAAACCCUAUGGAAUCACAUGAUAAAAAUAACCAUGAUGAUGGUGAUAAUGAUGAUGAUGAUAAUGAUGACGAUGAUGAAGAUGAGCCAAAAUCAUUAAACAUAGAAACAUGUAAGUCACAAUUUUUAUUCAAUCGAAAUAGACAUAGUUCUAAUGAAUCUAACAUAUCGAAAUCAUCAAUUUCACCAUUGUUGUCAACUCUACCAAACAGUAGUACGGCGUUUAAAUCUCCAUCUCACCUACCACAGACUAAUAUAAACCUACAGUCAUCGUUACCAUUAUUAUCCCCAACAUCAUUACCAUUUCCACUUCCUUCUGUCCCUCCAUUAACUAAUUCAUUAUUUUGCAAAAACUCCACAUCAUUCUAUUCUACUCUAAUGAAUCGAAUGGAUCCAGACCAAUUACAUGUUCUUAUAAAAAUGUUAAAUGAUACAGUUACAAAUGGUUUACUAAAUAAUAGCUCUUCAAAUUUAUCACUACCACCUACAUCGAUUUCAACAGCAGCAUUAACUACUGCGGCGUUGCAAUCAAUGUUCAAUAGUACCAUGUUUAAUACGGAAUCAUCAGUAGCAAUGAAUUUAUUUAAUAAUAAGUUUGAUUCAGUAGAACAUUUCGAUAUUGGUAAUCAUGUACACAACGAUUUGAAGAACAGUUUUAGUUCACAAUAUGAUUAUUAUCAUCAUUGUCUCCGUGAACAGUUGGAUUCCCGAUAUUUUUCAAAAGAUUAUUUGAAUGAUCUUGCUAAUUGGUCAGAUAAUAUUGACAAUAAUAAUAAUAAUGUGUUACUUAUGAUGUUAAUGAUGAUGUUUAUGAAAAGAAAUAUCGAUUCAUUGCUAUCAACACCUAAUCAACUAAAUAAAUCACCAACACUAACAUUAUCAUCUGCUUCUGGACCAUCCACUUCCCCGUCAUCAUUAUCCAUGUUGAUAACAUCAUCGCCAUCAUCGACAAAAGGACUUACGACGAUGACAGCAACAACAACAACGGAAAACCAAUUUAUAGAUGAUCAUAUAUUACAUUGUGACAAAUCUAGUCAACAUCGUUAUAAUUUGUUGCAUAAUCCAAAUUAUUUAAACACUGGAGAUGGAUUGCAAAAAUCUAUGAAAUGUAACAUAGUGGAUGAUCAAGAAAAUUUAAAAUUUAAAUUAAAUCAUUUAAAUGUAUUCCCAGAGAAAUUAACUAUUCGUGAUAUCAUUGGUUCAACUGGUAAUAGUAAGAAUACUACUAUGGUUAGUACUACUAUUACUACUACCACUACUACUUAUAACAAUAGUCAUAAUAAUAAUAAUAAUAACAAUAAUAAUGGUAAUGUUUAUCAGUCAUCUAAUCCAUAUAUCAUGAAUGAUUUAUUAGAAAAUGAAUCAGAUCAAACGGAUUCACUCGUUCAACGAACUGAAUUAUUAGAUUCUGAUCUAUGGAAACAUUUUCAUAGUAUGACUACUGAAAUGGUAAUUACAAAAUCAGGACGUCGAAUGUUUCCAUCAUUCAAAGUACGUGUUACAGGAUUAGAUAGAAAUGCAAAAUAUAUUAUGUUAUUAGAUAUUGUAUCACGUGAUGAACAUCGAUAUAAAUUUCAAAAUGGUAAAUGGACAAUUGCAGGUAAAGCUGAUCCAGAACCAUGUCGUAAACCAUACAUUCAUCCAGAUUCUCCAACAACCGGUGAAGAAUGGAUGCAUAAACCAAUUUCAUUUCAUAAAUUAAAAUUAACUAAUAAUGUAGCUGAAAGACAAUCUUUUCAAGCUGUACUCAAUUCAAUGCAUAAAUAUAUACCAAGAUUUCAUAUUGUUCGCGCAGAUCAUCUAAAUAAAAUGAAUAUGUCCAAUUUUGUUACAUUUAUCUUCGAUGAAACUGAAUUCAUUGCUGUAACCGCCUACCAGAAUGAAAGAAUCACUCAAUUAAAAAUUGAUAAUAAUCCAUUUGCUAAGGGAUUUCGAGACAAUGGUAGUGGGCGUCGUGAAAAGAAAGGUUUACGAUUACGAUACAAACAGUCAAUAAAUUCUACUAAUACUUAUAAUGAUCUAGAUGGUAUUGAAAGGGAUAUGUUGAAAAAACGUUCAACUGAUUUAUACGGAGCACAUGAAAGUAUUAAAUUUUCAUUUCCAAAUUCAAUAAAUCAUCCAGCAUGUACAAAUCGAUUAUCAUUAUUACAUAAUAAUAAUAAUAAUAAUAAUAAUCAUGGAUUAGAUAUAAAAUGUUCAUCUUCCCAUUGUUCUUCAAUUUCUACUCCUAUUUGUAAUACAUCAUCAUCGAUCAUAUCAUCACCAAAUCAAUUAUUUUGUGGAUUAUCUAACUCUUUAUCUUAUACUUCAUCAGAUCAAUUCUCAUCAUAUUCAAUCAAUAAUUUACAUAACUGUAGUAAUAAUAAUCAUUUAGGUAAUAAUAAUAAUAAUAAAUCAGUUGAUUCUUUAUCACCAUUAUCAUCAUUAUCAUUUUGUAAUUUAUCAGUUGAUAAAUUAUCUACUACAAAAGAUCUAUCAUCUCCAUCUUUGUCAUUACCCUAUCCACUCUGGUCAGGAUGUCUUGAUCCAACAUCAUUGAAUUCAACGUUGAUAUCAACAAAUUUACCACGAAGUCAACAUACAGUACAUUACUGUCCAAAGAUAUCAAAAUCAUCAUCAUCGUCAUCUUCGUCAUCGUCCUCAUCAUCAUCAAUGGAAUAUUCUUUCAAUAAAAUACAAAAUAAUCAUUCUAUGGAAUUUCAACGUCAACAUCAAAGACAACAACAAUUUAUGGAUAAAACUGACAGAUUGCACAAUAUAAAUGAAAUGUCAUCUGCAACAAAUAAUUCCUUUACUUUACCAUCUUCAACAGUAACAGUAAUAUCAUUGUCAUCAAAGCCAACAUCAUCAAUAACAUCAAGGUUAUCAUCUCCGUUAGUUGGAACAACAUCAGUAAUCAUUGAUACCACCAACACCACGACGACGAUGGUGACGAUGACAACAUCAACAGUAAAAUCAAGUCAAUCAUUACCGUAUUCAACACUAACCACAUCUGUUCUCGAUAGAAUAUCUGGAUUAACUGGAGGAACAGGAGAGGGAAUAACGGAAUUACAACUCUUCUCAGAUAAUUUAAAACGUAAAUAUGAUGAAAUAAAUAAAUGUUGUCAAGAAGAUUGUAAUUCCUUACAGAAUCAUAAAGAUUUAAAUUCAUCCAAAUUAUGCUGUUCUCCUAUAAAAAAACAAUAUAUUCCAAAAACUAUUUCAAUAAAUAAUGAAUCUAAAUAUUUUAAUGAAAAUGAAUAUUCUAAUAAUACUAUAAACUCUAAUCGAAUUAUAACAAAUGAACAAUUAUAUUGUACUGGAAUAAAAUAUGAAAAUGAAUUAAAUCAUUCAUUAUGUUGUAAUUGUUCUAAUUCAUUAACAACAUUAUCACAUACGAAUAUGAUCAGUUCAUCAAUAACUACAUCAACAUCAUUAACAUAUAUGAAUUCAUCUAAACGUAGUUUUAAUAUAAGUUGUUUAUUAGAAUAAUUCCCCCCCCCAAAAAAAGGGAUACUCAGUUGAUGAAUAUCCCCCCUUUUUUUUCUGAAAAAAUUUUUAUGCAAAGAAUGUAAAGUAAUCAAAUUGCAUUUUAUCUUAUAUUUUAAUAUCCUACUUAUUGAUAUUGUAUAACGGAAACUCUAGAAUAACAGUAGUCACAAUACUAAUAGUAAUUAUAAUAACGUAUGAUAUAUAUAUAUAUAUAUUGUUUGGGAAAAUAAUAUGAUUCUGUAUUGUAUAUAGUGUAUAUAGAAUGAUAAAUAUAAAUAGAUAUGUGAACCAUUCAUUUCAUAAUCACAUCAAUUAACUAAACAAAGACACCUUUAUGUGUGAGUUUUUCUUCGAUCAUAAUGUUGCCAGGCAUUAUUAGCCGAUACGAAAAUAUAUACAUAUAAUGAGGACCUAAUUGAAUGUAUAUACAAAAAAAAACACUUUCUAUCGAAGCAUUACACUUGUUAUAAAUAGUUUCAAAGAGAUUGACAACAGUGGCAAAAAAUAACUUAAUUUCUUAACUUACAGUAACGAUGUGUUUUUUUUAAAAAAUUCUUUUCAACUGUAUUUUUUUUCAAAAAAACAACUAUGUUUCACUGUUUUAAUUUUUUUUCUCCAUUAUUGAGAUCAUCCAUAUUCUCCCCCCUUCUUCCCCUCUCUCCCCUCUCUCUCGCACUCUCUCACAUACACAACACAAUCAAUCAUAUAUGUAUGCACCUUAUGUAAUAUGACUUUUGUUUAUAUAUAAGAAUGGCUGUUGACUAAUGAAAGUAUGAUGAUUUAAAACUAAUUUUGUUUUGCAUAAAAUCUAUAUUCAUUUAAUAUUAUGGUAAUUUGUUUCCUCUAGUCUACAGAUAUAUUUAUAUGAUAAAACUUUGAGUACAUAUAAUGUAACUAACCAUUUGUUUCAUAUGUUUCUUUUCUCUCUCUUUAUUUUAACACAUUUUUAUUGCAUAAUACUUAUGUCUAAAUAUUGUAAUAGUAAUAAUAAUACUAAUAAUCAUAAUAUGAAUAUGAGUCUAGUGAUUACAUCCUAAACAUAUAAUUCCACCUAGAAAUUGUAUUCAUAAAGCAAAUAAAAACAAAAAAUUUUUUUCUUCUGUUUUUUUUGUUUUUGUUUUUACAAACUUUGAUGGUCAAAAAAAAAACAAAAUAAAUGUAAGUUUAAAAAAAACCCACAACCAACAACAGGGAAUGUGAAUGAUAUUCAUUCCUUCUUCUUUUGUUUUUUUUUCUCUUGGAGUUUUUUUCUCUUUUAUUCAUUUCUUUUGCUGUAAAUCUUCUCUUGUACAAUUUUGUUUGUUUGUUUGUUCGUUCGUUUAUAAUAGGUGAAUAAAUGAAAAUAAUAGUGGAUAUAUUAAAACAUAAUAAUAAGUCAUUAUUAUCCUUUAUUAUUAUUAUUAUUAUUAUUAUUAUUAUUACUGUUAUCACUAUGUUAAAAUUCAAUAGUGAAAUAUUUAUUCAAAUGAAUUCAUUAUUAUGAAAUAAUAAAUAAAUAAUCUGAUUAUAAAUGUGUGUUGUUUUAAUUUAUGUAUAAAAAUAACUGAUAUGAGAAAUGGAAUAGUUUACAAUUGAUUAUUCACUAGAUGGUGAUCAAUGUUAUGUGUAUUAUGUCCUUCUUAGUGCAGAUUGAAUCCUAUCGAUUAAGU